CCGCUAAGCUCCUCCCGCGGAGCAUCGGGACCAUGAUUUAUAUCGCGCUCCGGCGGCGGACACGGAGGAGUAACGGCAAGAACCGGACAAACGCUUUCAGCAGCAGCAGCAGCAGCAGCACGGGGCUUCACGGUCUGGAUGCGGUGCGACCGAGGGGCUGAUUUCUGCUGGAGCGGAGCGAGAGGAUGAGAGACGCAGAGGGAGAGAGAGACAGAGAGACGGGUGGACGGCAGGUUGCUGUGUUGUUGCUCCGCCGAGUCUCAUCGUGGAGAAACACCGGAGCCGCGCGCGCUGGAGCAGCAUGUGAUGGAGCGGAGCUCGCUGUCCGGCUGAGUCUGUGAUUAUUAGCGUUACUGUGCUGCUUCACACUGAUUAAUUCUAUUAAACACGCAGAGGAUUCUCAGGGGAGUCGGAUGGAGAGGGGACAUUUUUGAUGCAGACAGAUUUGGCCGGGUUUUGACGUCAACGUCACUGUUUUUCAUCCUGUAUCUGAAGAGAGAGGAGAGCGAUCAAUCAGCUGGAAGUGAUGGAGUUGAUAGAAAUACUAAUCGGUAAAAUUAUCGGUAUUUUGCGUAAACCCAGUUAACUGUGCGCAGUUUGUUUGUCUGUGCUAGCUUAGCUUAGCUACGCUUAUGUUAGCCUUAGCUCACGUUAAAGAGGCCAACUGCGAUCGAUCCCAGCUGACUGCUAACGCUGGCUAGCAUUACUAGCUAAUUAACUCACUAGCUCUCAGACUACACCAGCCUGACUAGCUUAGGUUAGUUAGCUAGCUAAGCUAUGAAUUUGCCACGUUUGUUGUGUCAAAAUGUGGUUAGAUAGGUUGGGAAUUCAGUCUCAAUAUAGGAGAAGAUGAAGUAACGUUAACUACCUCGGGUUAACUAAUUCUUCUCAUCAGUAACGUUAAUAUAAAUUAGCGUAGCUAACUAACUAGCUAGUUACAGAACUAGCUGUUUUAUUUUCGAGGGCUUUUAGAAAACACGAAGAAAAAUGCCCAAAAAAAGAAAAAUCAGGAUUUAAAUGACCGAUGGCGUGUGGAGAGACUGUUUUCUGUCAUAUUAAUAAUUGUCUGUCAAAAGUGUGGCUGAAUCUACUGGUGAUUUAUUGAUAUUUUGCGCUCUGUUGUGUGUUAGCUAGUUAGUUAGCUAAGCUAACUUAGCUUUAGGUUGGAUAAAUAAGCUUCUAAAAACGAAUUUGUCACGCUUAUUUUAGACAAAUGUGGUUAUAAAAAUGUAAAAAUGGUUAGCUAGCUAUGUUGUGAAUUCAGUUAGCUCAGGUUAACAUAUUUAUUUAGAUUAGCUAGCCUGGUAGUUAACUAACUAGCUUGCUAAGCUAGUUUUCGCCUCAGUAACCUAGCUAAGCUAACUAACCUGCUACAAAACUGGCUGUUUCAUUUUCGCGGGCUUUUAGAAAACAGCUAGAAAAAUGCCAAAUGAUUUAAAUGACCUAUGGCGUGUGGAGAGACUGUUUUCAGUCAUAUUAAUAACUGUCUCUCAAAAGUGUGGCUGAAUUUACUGGUGAUUUGUUGUUUUUUGCGCUUUCAUGAGUUUUUAACAUAACUAGGUUUAACCCAACUAUCUCAGUUCAUGUAAAGUUAAUCUAGUUGUAUACAGAUAUGGAGUUUGGUUUAGUCGGAUGGAACCUUGCCAGACUUGGACAGUUCUCAUCAAGAUGUCUUUUCAUCAGGAGAAGCAGAGCCUGAUGGCAAAGAACAUUUUUUAGUUAAUGUUGAUGCUGGAAAAACAAACAACCUUUAAGCAUUUAACAUUCCCUCAUAGGCACAUAGGUUAGUGUUGAUGUUCUGGCAUUAAAUCAACGUUCAGUAGUUAGCUAGGUUAUCUAAAAAACUGAGUGGUUGAGGCUCUGAAUCUACACUCACAAAUAGUUUUUUAGGUUAAAACUGUAUUAAUUAAGCAUUGUAAUUAUGAAUACGAAUAGAAUACAAACAGAAAGAUUGUUGUAGCUACAUACUUAAUGUAGGGUUAGUAAAUAGUUAAUGCAAAUACUAUACCUACAAUACAAUAACUUUGAAUCAACCUAAAACCAGGGUGCACAAACAGCAAUUCAGUUAUGUUGUUUCAUUGAGGAACUAUAUUGACUCAGCUGUCUGAGAGGGCUUUGCUCACUCUGAGUUAUGAACAUGAUGCCAACUAGCCUAAAAGUCCGAUCACUAGCCAAAUUAACUUGCUAACUUCAGCCAAGUUAAACUAAGCCACAGUAGGCGAGUCUACCAGUUCACAAAGAUGACCAGGCUGCGUAAGAAAGCCUGCGUGGCGCUUUUCCUCUUUACUCUCUUCAUCUUCGGGACCAUGAUGGGUUUGCGGACUCUGAAGCCCAGUGACGGAUUCUCGGACCUCGCUCCGGGUAUGGAGAUGGCUCCAUUUGCAGCAGAGAGAUCCGAAAAGCGAGGCGAGCCGGACAGCGACGUGGCCGACACCAAGAUCGUCUUCUCCAACUCCGGCCACGAGCACAGCAUCUUCUACGACAUCCACAUCUUCUACUACCUGUGGUACGGAGCCCCACAGAUGGACAGGGGCUACAUCCACUGGGACCACGUGCUGGUUCCUCACUGGGACCCUAAAAUAGCGGCCAGUCACCCCAAAGGCAGGCACAACCCGCCCGAGGACAUCGCCUCCAGCUUCUACCCGGAGCUCGGACCCUACAGCUCCAGAGACCCUAAAGUGCUGGACUCGCAUAUGUCCCAGAUAGAAGCCGCUGCUGCAGGUGUGGUGGUGCUGUCCUGGUACCCACCUGGUGUGGCAGAUGAACACGGAGAGCCUACAGAGGAUCUGGUGCCUGCCGUUAUGGAUGCUGCCCAUAGGCACCGUAUCAAGGUGGCGUUUCACAUCCAGCCCUACAGAGGCCGGACGGAGCUCAGCAUGCAUGACAACAUCAAAUACAUCAUUGACAACAGUGAAGAACAGAGAGCCCUCAAACUGUAACUUUCAGCUCAAGGGUGAGCUGUUCUACUGUCCAUAUCAAUGUUCCUCUGUCUCUGAACUCAGAAAAUAGGGGUGGAAUUCCAUCCAGGCUGAAGGAUGCAGAAAGAAACAGGUGUUUUAAAAAUAGAUCUCUUUUCUUCUCAGUCUUUCACAACGUAUAAAUAACUCUGGACGUGAGGUUAUUGCUGCAGUUCCACUUUCAGAGCAGAUUGUAAAGAAAAGAGAUGAUGAGAAAUGAGGUUCUGAGCAGAGUCAUCGUUUAACUGUGUGUGUGGGGGGGUAAAAAGCACGGAGCACAGUGUGAAUCAUCUAAUGAGUCAUUUACACAUUAUAACCUUCAACUGUUCUCCUCUUAGGUUAAUUAUCUGCAGUCAUGCCAAGUGAGGAAUGAUGUUUUACAGGGAUUGUGUUGGUAUAGUGAGUAUUUUUUUAGUGCGGGAAUACAGUAUAAAGGCAGCUUGUCAGUACCCCUCUGUGCACACCAUCUGUCUUAAAUGUUUGGAAUCUGAGCAAAGACAAAGAGAGACAUUGAAUUAUCAGCAUUAAGGCACACAAAUCAUGAUUUAAGCUGCACAUCUACAGAAAAGUCGAUUCUCUUGUUUUACAGUUCAGGUCUUGAGAUUGUGCUCGCCAUGAUAGGAACUUGAGCUGGUGGUCCUUCUUCCACACUUUGAUUGUCGUAGCCGUGUGGCAUGGUGCAUUGUUCUGGUGUAAAAAAAAUAUAUAAUUGUCAGAGUUGGGAAACACAUUUGUCAGAGUGGAAGGAGUUCUUCACAAAUACAUAUUUGCCAAAUUCAGCCUUGCUGAAGCCCCCCCAGUCAUAACCAGUGCUGCAACACAUUUCACAGUGAGUGUGAGACACUGUGGCUCGAAGGCCUCUUUAGGUCUCCUUCUAACCAUAAGGUGUUGGACGAAGCUGAUAAUUUGACUCAUCAUAGAAGAAGACCUUAGGCUUGGUUUACAUUACAGCAUUAUUUUUUUUUACCAGUCGCCAGCUGUUGUUGGAAAUCCAGGACAAAAACAGGACAAAAGCCUCAGGUCUGAGUCGAAUCUCACUGAUUCAGUCAUUAUGAGUGUUCAUUGCUUUUUAUUGAAGAAGGACUGCCCUUUCAAAGCUGUUUCAGUCCAUCUUUGCUGUUCACUUUACCCCAGCUGUCAAAUGCCAUUAUUUUUGUAGGUCACUUAAUGUCACAGUGAUUGUUGAGUGACAUUUGAAUGUUGAGGUGCUGGUCAUCCAGGUCAGCAUCCAGAGUCACUUUAGCCCUCUCACAGACUGGGGUUUUGUUUCCUCUAGUGUUUCCUGCUUUUCUGUUUGACCUUGUUCUUAAAUAAUGUUGUUAAGGAUGAAAGCAACCUGACGUUCACUUUAUUCCUUUGUCAGUGAAGCCAGAAUCUUUCUGACGUUUUAGUUUUUGUGCUAAAUUUACCAAUAAUCACGCACUUCAGCUUUGAUUUAAUCAAUAUUUUUG